UGCCGUGCGCCGGAAGAUUCUCUUUUCACCAGCCUUUUCAUCAAUUUCUCCCCCGUGGUCCGGUACCACCAAAUCCCGGGCUAUGAACCGAAAGCGACGUCGCUUGCUUCCGGAGACCUUCGGACUGAAGAGGCGGCGGGAGCGAGGCCCUGUGGAAGUGGAUCCUCUGAGGGGCGAGUCAGGGUCGGCGCGCGGGGCAGUGGCGGAGCUAGCGCAGCUGUUCCCGCGAGGCCUGUUCGAGGAUGCCCUGCCGCCCAUCGUGCUGAGGAGCCAGGUGUACAGCCUCGUGCCCGAUCGGACGAUGGCCGACCGGCAGCUGAAGGAGCUUCAAGAGUGUGGCGAAAUCAGAAUCAUCCAGCUGGGCUUCGACUUGGAUGCCCAUGGAAUUAUCUACACUGAGGACUACAGGACCAGAGUCCUCAAGGCCUGCGAUGGUCGACCAUAUGCUGGGGCAGUGCAGAAGUUCCUGACCUCAGUACUUCCAGCCUGUGGGGAUCUUAGUUUCCAGCAGGACCAAAUGACACAGACUUUUGGCUUCAGGGACCCAGAGAUCACACAAUUGGUGAAUGCUGGAGUCCUCACAGUCCGUGAUGCUGGCAGCUGGUGGCUAGCUGUGCCUGGAGCUGGGAGAUUCAUCAAGUACUUUGUUAAAGGACGCCAGGCUGUCCUUGGCAUGGUUCGGAAGGCUAAGUACCGAGAGCUGCUCCUAUCAGAGCUCCUAAGCCGGCGGGCACCUUCUGCAGUACGGCUAGGCCUUGCCUACCAUGCCCAUGAUCUCAUUGGAGCGCAGCUGGUAGACUGUGUCUCCACUACCUCUGGAACCCUCCUCCGCCUGCCAGACACGUGAGGAUUCUGAUCCUUGCGCAGUGCCUUGAAGUGGGGCUAAAGGGUCCUGAAAGUACUUCCCAGUUGUGACUGAGGCCAGAGUUGCUUUUGGAAGCCUGGGCACUAGGACAGGUGCUGUGCUCUCAUGGGCACAGAGGACCAAAUAGGUUUGCUGCUGGGAGCCUGGGCUCUGACUUGUGGUGGGCUGUGGGCAGAGCUCCUUUGCUCUUCCCCGUAUGUGAAGCUAGAAACUGUGCCAAAACUAUAUAUGCUGUCUGUCAUGGAGAGGGUACUGCUGUUGCUCUGUCUUGGGAUAAAAAGGUGGGACUGCUGGGGAGCCUGGGAAAGGAGGCUGGGAAAAGAGGCAGGGUCAUCUGCCCUACAUGUUUGGUUGCAACUGAUAAAUA